GUGAAAAUUUAAUGAAUAAAAAAUAAUAAUGGCAGUGUUAUAUUUAAUUUGUUCAUUGUUGUUAAUUAAUUAUAUUAAAUGUACAUCGUUACCGAUACCUUCUCGACAAGUUUUAUUUUAUCCUGGACAACCAGCAGGUAUUGGCUUACAACCUAUAAUCCCACAAACAAAUGGUGCUGAUCGUAUUGAUAUACAACAAAGAACUCCAUUUGCUGACAGAUUUUAUAUUUAUCCAAAUAAUAUUCCAAUUCCAUCGGGGGCUCAAACACCUAAUUACAAUGAAAUAGUACCAAGUGUAAAUGUUCGACCGACAUUAAAUCCAAAUGCAGUAUUUAUACCAAGACCUCCUGGUAAUGGAAAUGGAUUUCAACCAGAUCCAGAUACAGUACUAAUAUCAAACGUGCGCCCACAACCUCAAAAUCCAAUAUUAUUUCCACAAUCAAAUGGACAAUUCUUCCCAGGUGGGGCACCAUUAGUUCCAUUCAAUUUUAAUGUAUUUGGAAAUGGCGGAGGAUCUGCAACUCAACCUGGUAGUCCGGCUGCUAGACCUACUCCAGAAGACGCAGAACUGAUACCAGAAACUAUAAAUAACAACCAGAAACCUGAAAAACUACAAAAAGAUGAAAAUAGAGAAAAUCAAGAAAAUUCGGCAAAAUUAGAAAAUCCAGAUAAACCAAAUACUGCUGGUGAACAAGAUGUCUUAGCGGCAGCUGAUAAAAAUUCAAAUUUACCAGAAAAUAGAUUUCUCACACAAGUUCCAGCUGUACAACCCGGGCAAAGAUUUUUUGUAUUAAACGGGCAACCACUCUACAUGUACUCAUCACAACCAUUUCAAUUUCCACCACAAUUCUUCGCACCUGGAAAUCCGUUAGAAUUUGAUUCACGGCAAAACUCAAAAGACGUUGAAACUUUUAAUCCAAAUGAAAUGGGAUCAAAUCGUGCACUUUUGCAGCAACAACAACAAGAACCUUUCUUAAUUUUACAAAAUGAAUUCAAACAAAGCAAUGAAUUUUUACAACCACAACUUGAAAGUAAACAAAAUUUACAACAAGUUGAAUCACAUUAUCAAGAAACAAAAAACGAAAAUCUCAAAGAUAGCAAGAAAACUCAAAAAGAACAAUCACAAUUGGAAGACACUACAAUUCCAUUUAAAUUAAAUUAUCAAUCACGACAAGUGUUUGGAGCUCCAAUAUUAUUAAGACAAUUAGCAACACAAAAUAAUAAAUUACGUAAAUCUGGGCCAAAUGCCGAAAAUAUUGAACCAGAAUUGUUACCUGAAACAAACAAACAAUCAGACUCCUCACAAGAAAAUUCAAAUGUUCCUGCCUUCGAAUUUGCUAGGUAUUUAGCUCAAAAACAAAUGGAUGCCAAAUCUUCGCCACAAGUUGAAAAAGUUGUUAAAAACUAAAUGUAUGUCAAAAUAUCACAACUCCACAAAUUAUUCAAAGAAAGAAAAAAGGUCGAACUACCAGUUUAACUCGAGUUGGACAAAUGCCUCAAUUAAGCUCAACUACAAAAGUUAUUUUAUUUACAAUAUUGUAUUUUGGCACUUGUAUCACCAUGAACCAAGAAUAAUGAUUUAAUUAAAUUAAAUAUAAUGGCUAAAAUAAUUAAUAUCGACUGAUAAAUAGAUGUAAAAAUUAGGUUUUAUACCUAGAUAUGUAACCUAUUUUUUAUCUAAUUUUUACACCAAAAUACGUUCAUUUUAGAAAAGUAUCGAAAUUAUGGAUUUUUAUUUUAAAAAUAAAAGCUUUCAAUUCGUAUUUGUCAAACAUGCUAACCUACCGAAUACAUAAAUAAUGAACGAAUUUAGAAAAUCCAUACCUAUAUAU